GCUGCCACUGUUGUCAAAGAGCCUCUCUCCCUCUCUCCUCUCGCCCCGACGGCCAACUCAGAACAUCUCCCUCCCUCAUUUCAUUCACAUGUCCACGGCCACGGCCUCGACCUCCACGACCGCAUCCCCGUCCGCGUCUCCGGCCACAUCCAUCUCCGCCCGAUUCUCGUCCUCGCCGGUCAGUCGCUGUCCGAUAUCGCGCUGACCUGCCUCUCCGCUUGGCCGUCUCGCCUGCCAAAAAUCGUGUGUUGGGACUCCGCGCAAAUCAUUGCAUCACCCACCCGCACGCGAUCCACCCCCCAUCUCCAUCCUCCUACCACUCCUCCCUGACGACCACUUCGCUUCCGCCGAGACGCUGCCCGCCUCCCUCGACACUUCCGCGAUCCUGCCGCCCUGCACGCCCUGCACGCCAUGGCUGACGCGCCCAACUCCAGCGAUGAGCUGUACCCCAUCGCAGUCCUCAUCGACGAGCUAAAGCACGACGAUGUUUUGCUCCGUCUCAACGCCAUCCACCGUCUCUCAACCAUUGCCCUCGCCCUCGGCGCCGAGCGAACCCGCGAGGAGCUCAUCCCCUUCCUCGAUGAGUCCGUGGAAGAUGAGGAUGAGGUUUUGGUCGCCCUGAGCGAGGAGCUCGGUGGUUUCGUCGAGUACGUUGGCGGUCCCCAGUGGGGUCACGUCCUGCUCUCGCCCCUUGAGAACCUCGCCGCCAUCGAAGAGCCCGUCGUGCGCGACAAGGCCGUCGAGUCCCUCAACAAGAUCUGCAGCGAGCUCUCGUCGCAACAAGUCGAGGAAUACUUUAUCCCCCUCACCAUCCGCCUCGCCAAGGCCGAUUGGUUCACAUCCAAGGUCUCGGGAUGCGGCCUCUUCACAACCCCCUACAAGAAGGUCUCACCUCCCAUCCAGGAGCAGCUGCGCCAACAAUUCGGCCUUUUGGUCCACGAUGAGACCCCCAUGGUCCGCCGUCAGGCCGCCACCAACCUGGCCAAGUUCGUCAAAGAAAUGCCAGCCGCCAUCGUUGUCGAUGAAAUGAUACCCCUCUUCCAACACCUUGCUCAAGACGACCAGGACAGCGUCCGGUUAUUGACAGUCGAGAUCCUCAUUUCCGUCGCCGAGGCCGUUCCCAAGGAGCAGCAGUCAAGCCAUGGUGUCCUCCUCACGUCGCUGCGCAACUUGAUAGAAGACAAGAGCUGGAGGGUCCGAUAUAUGAUUGCGGAUCGAUUUGAAAAGAUCGCCAAGGCUGUUGACGAGGAAGUCGUUUCGAGGGAUCUCGUCCCCGCAUUCGUAAAGCUCCUCAAGGACAACGAAGCCGAGGUCCGAACCGCUAUCGCUGGCCAAAUCCCCGGCUUCUGCGCCCUCGUCGACCGCAACACGCUCCUCAAUGACAUCAUGAGCAGCAUCGAAGACCUCGUGUCCGAUACCUCCCAGCACGUCCGAGCUGCUCUGGGCACCCAGAUCAGCGGCCUAGCUCCUAUCCUUGGAAAGCAAGAAACUAUCGACCACCUGCUCCCUAUGUUCCUUCAGAUGCUCAAGGAUGAGUUCCCCGAGGUCAGGCUCCACAUCAUCUCGAAGCUGGAGCUCGUCAACCAAGUGAUUGGCAUCGAUCUCCUCUCGCAGUCUCUCCUCCCUGCCAUCGUGCAGUUGGCCGAGGACAAGCAGUGGCGAGUGCGCCUGGCCAUCAUCGAGUACAUCCCGCUCCUCGCCAGCCAGCUAGGCGUCCAGUUCUUCGACGAGAAGCUCAGCACUCUGUGCAUGGGGUGGCUCGGAGAUACCGUCUUCUCAAUCCGUGAGGCGGCAACCCACAACCUGAAGAAGCUGACGGAGGUGUUCGGUGUGGAGUGGGCCAGCGAGGCGAUCAUCCCCAAGGUCAUGGCUAUGGGCAACCACCCCAACUAUCUCUACCGAAUGACGACCUGCUUUGCCAUCUCGACUCUGGCGACGGUGGUGAGCAUGGAUGUGAUUGCCAAGUCCAUCUUGCCCAUGCUGGACAAGCUGGUCGGCGACGAUAUCCCCAACAUUCGGUUCAACGUUGCCAAGACGUAUGCCGUCCUGAUCGAGGUUCUGCGACGCCUACCCGACGAAGGAACGAUGUACGACCUGGAGAAGCAGAGCGCCGAGAUCGUGCCGUCACCGCGGGGCAUGGAGCUGAUCCAACAGAGGGUCGUACCCAACCUGGGCAAGCUGCAGAAGGACGAUGAUGUGGACGUGCGGUACUUUGCGACAACGGCGGCGGCGGCCGUGACAGGACCCAUUGCGGGUGGAGAGCCUAUGAAUACAUCACCAUAGAUGAGAGACGUAAUGAAGCAAUUCUUGUUGCCACGACAGCUAUUUUCGUUGCCCCUGUUUUACGACUCUGUGGCCAGAGGACAUGGAACCAUGCGGCGGCGCGCAUUGCAUUCUAGAGGCUAGGGCGAGGCACGGCGAAUGGAUAUGCACCCGGAUGUUUUGCGCAGACGAAAGAAAACUGCUGAAGGGUGACGAGAGUGAUGAGGGGAUGAGGUUCACAAGAGUGAGGGGAGUGAUGAAAGUGACAAAGAGUGCGUGGCCAACAGGCGGGCUGGGUCAGCAGGAGUGCUGGUGUUGAGGCUAGAACCCAACGGUCCGGUCAUCGACUGGAACCCAAAUACCGAUGUAUGAUACACAGAGUUUACAGAGAUGAUGGAGUGAAUGGUACUUGCAUUUGCACUAGGUGCUGAAGUCAGCACGCAACCGUGAGAGUGUCAUUUCGAAG